UAUAUACUCGGGUUUGUCCCUUCUACUGUGUUGAUGUGGUAUUCAACGGGAUUGAGCGAAACGCUUUCCAAGUAUCACAUGAUGUCGGUUUUGGAGAAGACACUGUUGUUUAUCGUUGCUCUCUGCUUCAAGACCGGCAACUGCUUCCCUAACGGCGCGAAUGUUGAUUCGUCCUGUUCAAAUCUUGUACCUCAGCAUGGGGCAUCAUCACAAACCUCGACACCGCCAUACAAGAUCACCUUCACACCUACGUCAUAUACAGCUGGUCAGACGGUGUCGGUAACAAUUAGUGCAAACCCCAGUUCGUUCAAAGGUUUCAUGAUACAAGCCAGACGGGCAGACGGCUCGUCCAGUGAACGUUUGGGCUCUUUCACACCUGUAGCUAAUACUCAACAAGCCUGCAGUGGGCAAGCUCUGGUACAUACAAAUAGUGAUUCCAAGUCUCUUUUAACCUUCAAUUGGACGCCUGCAUCGACAUAUCUCGGUAAUGUUGUCUUUAGGGUUACCUAUGUGCAGGCUGAGAGAACCUUCUGGGCGAAUAUCGCAUCCAGUACAUUAACUUUUGUUGGAAGUACUAGCGGCCCGGCCACACAAGCGCCCACAUCUACUUCUACAGCUCCUGUAUAUCUAACAUCUACAGCUCCAUCAAUACCAACAGCAGUAACAUCUACAGCUUCAGCAGCUGUAACAAAUACAGCUGCUCCAGUAUCUGUAACAUCUACGGCUCCUGUAAUAACUACCAGUACAGCAUUUCUAACUGUUGCUACUACAGUUCCCACUGCCCAGAGUUUGGGAACUGUUUCUGCUGAUCCUACCUGUGAAGGUUCAACUAAAGGAUGUUUCACAUCUUGUACUGGCAACACCUGCAAGUUUAUUGUGAGCUGGAAGGAGGAUGGAACUGAUGUUGUCUACAAUUUUACAGCUGCUGUUGAGUUUUCUGACGGCUCAUAUGUAGCUCUUGGACUUUCUAGUGACUCCAGCAUGGGUAAUGAUAGUGUGAUUGGUUGUGCCUUUGGUACAGAUGGUCUUGUUGUGUCCUUCACUGCUGCAAAUGUUGGUAAAAGUUCAGCUUCCUUCCCAGACAGUAGUGUGAGGCUAUUAUCUGGCAGUUAUAAAAAUGGUAUCCUGACAUGCUCAGUUCAUCGACCUAUUGCAGGACUAGGGAAGCGUUAUGAUGUCAGCAAACCAUGGACACUGUUGUUUGCAAGCGGAGUAGCCUACGUAGAUUCGGUUGUUUCUUUAACAAACCAUUACAGCAAUAAUUACAUCUCGGCAAUAGCUGUGACUUCUAAGUACGUAGGCAAUGUUAAUGUGCAGGAGCAGGAUAACCCCAUGUAUAAAGCUCAUGGCUGUUUGAUGGUAGCUGCAUGGAUGUUCUUUUCAAGUAUUGGGAUCAUCACUGCCAGAUUUUACAAGCCAGUGUGGAAAAACACAAUUUUAUCUCUCAAAGUUUGGUUCCAGAUUCACAGACUGUGUAUGGUGCUUGUGUUCUGUUUAACUGCCAUUGGAUUCAUCAUUAUCUUUGUUGAGGAGAAGGAUUGGAGUAAAGUAGAAAAUGAGGCAGUGUAUUUAUCUGGUCACCCCAUCAUAGGUGUCAUUGUCAUGAUCCUGACAGUCCUUAAUCCAGUCAUGUCUUUGUUUCGUUGUGACCCUGGCACACCCAAGCGACCUCUCUUUAACUGGGCCCAUUUCAUUGUGGGAGUAUCUGCUCAUAUUUUGGCUGUGAUCGCCAUUUUCUUUGGUGUGCGCCUCAAAGGUGCUGCCACACCUUACUACACUGUCUAUAUCUUAGGGGCAUAUGUGGCCUGGAUCCUGUUUGUGGAGAUUUUACUGGAGCUGAUCAACUGCUGUGACAAAAGAAUAGUUAAACAAGAAGUCUAUGAAAUGGGGAGCUCAGAUAACCCUAAAUUCAAACCACCAGGUACACAAAGUAAAAAGACAAUCUUGAUCAAGCGCGUCAUUCUUGUAGUCCACUGUGUUGUGGUGGCGUCUUUGGCUGCUGCUGUCAUGGCCAUCAUUGGUGUUGGAGAGGGAUCUGAUUCAUAAGGGGCCAUCUAUUCAUGACACAGGAGAAUCUAGACCACACAGUUAAAGACAUUUGUUGUAAUUCAUCUAUGUUAAUGAGUUUUGGACCAGAAUGAAAUUUUUAAAUUGUAUGUUGUACGUUUGAAUGAAAACUAUUUGUUAGAUUUGAUAUAAAUUACAUGUAAGUAAAAUAGAGGUGUAACUAUGUAAUUGUACAAAUUGUUUUACCAGUUAUUGAUGCUUUUCCUAAUUGUUCUUGUAAUUCAUUUGAAUAAUUUUAUGUAUUUUUUCUUAUAAUUUAUGUAAAUAUUUUUAUGCUAUUACUUUAAAAUUUAUUGUAAUCAAAUCUAGUUUUCUUGGCAACAGAUAAUUUCAUACAUUUUUUUCCUAUUUAGAUAAGUGUUUUAUUCCUGGCACUUUCAAUCCUGUUUAUUAUAAAUCUGCACUAUGUUCAUUCCUAUUUUUAUAUCACUCACACCUAUAGUAACUUUUUAACUUCUCUAAAUAAUGCUGUGAUUAAAUUUGAUUUUUUACAAAUAUUUAUGUUGUAUGUACUAAGCCUACAAAAUAUUUAAUGAUCAUUGUAAAUUUUUUCUUUCCUUUUUUAAAAAAAAAUAAAUGUAAAAGUUCAUCUUGGCUGGCUGAAGAUGUUCUUGCAAGAAGAGUUCUGUUUUAAGAUCUCGAAAAUUAGUUGUCCAUCGUAUUUGUUACAAUCCCACACAGUAAAUUUCUUGUCCAUCAUAUUGUUAUAAGCCUAUACUACAGAUUUCUUGUUCGUCAUAUUUGUUAUAAUUCCCCACACUACACAUCUCUUGUCCAUCAUAUUUGUUAUAAUCCCACAUUACACAUUUCUUUUCCAAGGUAAUUGUUAUAAUCAAACACUACAGUUUUCUCAGUUCAACAUUAUAAUAAUAAAAUAUUGUUUUUAUUUCACAUCCUUUAAUUAAGCUUUUCAAACUUACACCUAGAUACCAUUUAUUGUAAAAGUGAAUUGCUUUUUUGUUAUGUUUUUAAUGAAUAAAUCUAAUAUUC